GCACUGCUUGACGGCUGCAGCGCCGCCCCCACCCCCGGUUGCCGGGUAACGGUGGGCGCGCGUGGCGGCGAAAGGGACCUGUUAUCCUUGAAGAAUGGCAGAGGCGGUCUUCCGUGCUCCUAAGAGGAAAAGAAGAGUGUAUGAGAGUUACGAGUCACCACUGCCCAUCCCCUUUGGUCAGGACCAAGGUCCCAGGAAGGAAUUCCGAAUAUUCCAGGCUGAAAUGAUUAGCAACAAUGUGGUGGUGAGGGGCACAGAGGACAUGGAGCAGCUGUAUGGGAAGGGUUACUUUGGAAAGGGAAUUCUUUCCAGAAGCCGUCCAAACUUCACCAUCGCCAACCCCAAGCUGGCUGCCAGAUGGAAAGGUGUGCAGACAGACAUGCCUAUAAUCACCUCAGAGAAGUAUCAACAUCGGGUGGAAUGGGCCAGGGACUUCCUGCGUAGGCAGGGCCACGAUGAGAGCACUGUACAGAAGAUCCUUACUGACUACACAGAGCCACUGGAGCUUCCUUGCAGAGAGGAGAAAGAAGAGACCCCACAGCACGAGCCACUGAGCUCCAAGGCCAACUCCUCCCUGGAAGGCAGAGUGGAAAAGGAUGAACUUCCCGUGACCCCUGGAGGUGCUGGACAGUCAGAUGACCUACCGGGUCUCAGCACACACUCAGACUGCCUGCAGGAGGGGCCUGGCCAUGCCACACUCGCUGCAGCUAGUCCAUCUAGCCAUAAUGGGCAUGUGGCAGAGGACCCCCAGGUUCUGCCCCAGGAAGCCCUCGUUCCACAGGAUGGCCUUUGGCCUGAAGCCAGCAGCCAGGCAGCAGGAGAGAAAAGGGCUGCUCACGAGUAUGUGCUCAUAGAGGAAGAGCUGUGUGGUGUCCAGGAGGAGAAGGAGGCAGCGGCGGCGGCAUCAUCAGAUGAGAAGUUGCUGAAAAGGAAGAAACUUGUGUGCAGAAGAAAUCCAUACAGGAUCUUUGAGUAUCUGCAGCUCAGCCUAGAAGAGGCUUUCUUCCUGGCGUACGCCCUGGGAUGCCUAAGUAUUUACUAUGAGAAGGAGCCUCUGACAAUAGUGAAACUCUGGCAAGCCUUCACUGCAGUCCAGCCCACCUUCAGGACAACCUACAUGGCCUACCACUACUUCCGAAGUAAAGGCUGGGUGCCCAAAGUGGGGCUCAAAUACGGAACAGAUCUGCUGCUGUAUCGGAAAGGCCCUCCAUUUUACCAUGCAAGCUACUCGGUCAUCAUUGAGCUCCUAGAUGACAACUAUGAGGGCUCCCUCCGCCGGCCUUUCAGCUGGAAGUCGCUGGCUGCCCUGAGCAGAGUCUCGGGGAACGUCUCCAAGGAGCUGAUGCUGUGUUAUUUGAUUAAGCCCUCUACCAUGACUGCUGAAGACAUGGAGACCCCAGAAUGCAUGAAGAGGAUUCAAGUUCAGGAGGUGAUUCUCAGCCGAUGGGUUUCUUCCCGAGAGAGAAGUGACCAAGAUGAGCUUUGACCUUCCAAUUCCAGAGUCCACAGUUCACCAACAGCUCUGACUGUGUGCCAUCGGCCUGCCCCGGAGGAGCACUGGCACAUUUGGGAAUCACAGGACCCCGUGGUCUGUUGCUGUAAUAGAAAAAUCUACUCUGUAGCUCAGCUUACCCAAGGACUUCAACCAAUUACCCACGUGACUGGAAACCCAUUGACGGUUUGGAAACCUUGAAAUACUGAGUGGCUGGUGCAUUCUCAGUGAACUCACUAUUUGACAGGUUGGUGCAUUGAACAUAAAACUAUGUAGUACUGGCUAUGAGAGAUGCAUCUUACUUGGAGAACCUCUUAUAAAAUAAAAGUGAGAAGUGAA